UGGGACGGCACAGAUCAGUCAGUGUGAAGAAACGACCGGACCGAGAGGAAGGGAAGCAGUCGAUGAGCUCUUAGGAGCCGAUACAUUUCUCUGAUCGUUGGGUGAUCCCGCCAUUCAGCAGCCAGGAUGGCUCGGGAUAUGUCAGAUAAGGAAAUCCUGAAAAUGGAGCUGGAUCAACUGAAGAAGGAAGUUAACACACCUCGGACAGCAGUGAGUGCAAACUGCACAGAUACUAUUGCUUUCGUUGAGGGACUGCUACCAAAUGAUCCGCUGAUCAAGGGAGUCUCAGAUGACAAGAACCCCUACAAGGGAGACAAGGGAGGCUGUAUAGUAACAUAGCACACCGACACACCGUUUUUAGGAGAGCUGGAGACGUCGCUUGUGAUUUUCCCGUAGAAGUCCUGUCUAUAAAAUGUGCAGUAGAAAAGAAAAUGUAAGAUCUGUAAAGCUACCAGGAGAGAGACGACAUGUACCUGUUGAUGUGGAAAUGUUUAUUUGUCAAUUUGUAAUUAAAUGCAAAUAGCUGUACAAAGCUUCAACCAGA